UGACGGAGGCGGCUCGCAAAGCCACCGGGUGCCAGGGGCUGCGCGCCGGGGACCCGCGGAGGGGAGAUUUGUCAUCAUGAGCCUGUUGUUGUUUGAGUCCAUCUGCAUUUUCCUGCUUUCCCAAGUUUUACUGGUGUUGGGUGUACAAGAAAUUCAUGCUGACCAGAAGAUGAUCAGCAAGAUCUCAGCUGCUGGCCAGUUGAUGCAGUGCUCUGCUUCCUUAGAUGUCCUUUUCCUCUUGGACAGUUCCUACAGCAUUGGCAAAGGAAGCUUUGAAAGGUCUAAGCACUUCGUAGGCAAGCUCUGUGAUGCCUUGGACAUCCGUCCAGACAGGGUCCACGUGGGAGUGAUACAGUUCAGCUCAGUUCCCCACCUUGAAUUCCCACUGGAUUUGUAUCUAACCAAACAAGAAGUGAAAGAGAGUAUCAAGAGGAUUAUGUUCAGAGGUGGGAGCACAGAGACAGGUCGGGCUCUGAAGUACAUUCUCCACAAGGGAUUCCCUGGUGGCAGAAACUCCAGUGUCCCCAAAGUCCUGAUCAUCAUUUCGGAUGGAAAGUCCCAGGGCAGUACUGUGAUGCCUGCAAAGCAGGUGAAGGAGAGACACAUCACGGUUUUUGCAGUGGGAAUAAAACUUCCAAGGUGGGAGGAGCUGCAUGUGCUGGCUAGCGAGCCCAUGGAGCAGCACGUGCUCUUUGCUGGAGAUGCCAAUGAUGCUGCCAACGGCCUGUACAGCACCCUCACUGGCUCUGUCUGCAGUGCCACUGCUCCAGGCUGCAAGGUUAAAUCCCACCCUUGUGAACGCAGGACCCUAGAGACCGUGAAAGAGCUGGCUGGAAACUACGUGUGUUGGAAAGGCUCAAAGCAGCCAGAUGCAGUGCAGGCUUUGCUGUGCCCUUUCUACAGGUGGAAGAGAGUCUGAAUAAAACACCCAUCCAGAUGCUUCCGAACGGUAUGUCCAGACCCUUGUGACUCCCAGCCAUGCCAGAACGGGGGCACGUGUGUCCCAGAGGGACUGGACAGAUACCACUGCCUCUGCCCGGUGGGCUACAGAGGAGGCAUCCACUGCGCACCAAAGCUGAGCCUCCAGUGUGGUGUGGCUCUCCUUUUCCUGAUGGACAGCUCGGCAGGGGUCACGCUGGAAGGGUUCCUGCGCUACAAGGCGUUCCUCAAGAGGUUCCUCCAAGCAGUGAUGGGCCAGGACUCACCAAUGAAUGUGGGGGUGGCCCAGUACGAUAAUGAUGUCAGGAUACCCAUUGAAGUGGGCCAACACAAGGAUGCGUUCAGUCUCAUAAAGAGCAUUGAUGCUUUGAAUUUCAGUGGGGGAGGAACCCUGACAGGCAAAGCCCUGCAGCAUAUUGCACAGCACGGGUUUAGGAGCACCCCGGUCUCUGCAGACAUACAGGAUGAUCUGCUGCAUGUGGUUGUCUUGCUUACUGACUCCAAGUCCCAGGAUCCAGUGGCAGAAGCUGCUAAGAACGUGAGGGACCAAGAUCUCUUCUUGAUUGGUGUGGGCAGCAGCCUCAUGAGAGCAGAGCUGACCAAGGUGACUGGCAAUCCAAAGCAGGCAAUUCUCUACUCAGACCCCCAGGACCUGUUCAACAGGAUCCCAGAGCUGCAGAGGAGAAUCUGCAGUGUGGACAAUCCUGAAGGCUGCCGGGUGCAGUCUCUUGAUUGGGCAUUUGCAGUGGAUGCCUCGGCUGGAGUUGGCCUGGAGAACUUUCUGCGGCUGAGGAGCUUUGUCAGGAGCAGCUGUUUGCACUUCAGCAUCAACCGGGAUGUCACCCAAGUUGCCCUUGUGAUCUAUGGCAGUGAAGCUCACACUGCAUUUGCUUUGGACACCCACACAAGCAAUUCAGCUGUCCUCCAAGCCAUUGACCAGGUGCCUUUCCUUGGGGGCUUGGCCUCUGCUGGCAGCGCCUUGCUACAUGUCUACGGUGACGUGAUGACAGUGCAGAAGGGAGCAAGACCUGCUGUCAACAAGGUGGUGGUAGUGCUCACAAAUGGAGGCGGCAUGGAGGAUGCAGCUGCCCCAGCUCAGCAGCUGAGGCACAACGGCAUCUUGGUGUUUGUGGCUGUCAUUGGGGAUGCGCAGAGGGACACGCUGCUGAGGGUUGCUGGAUCUCCCGACUACCUGGUCCACAUCUCCUCCUAUGAAGACCUGCAGUAUUACCAAGACCUUAUCAUCGAAAGAAUAUGUGAAGAAGCAAAAAGCCCCGUGAACCUGUGCAAACCCAACCCAUGCAUGAACCAGGGUGUAUGCAUCCUUGGGCCUGGGAGCUACCGGUGUGAAUGCCAUGGCUGGGAAGGACCUCACUGUGAGAGCAGAGUUCUCCGGGGUAAUUCUCCAAGAUCCCCAAGUCUUCCUCUGCACUCCCAUGUGUGAUGGAGUCCAAGGGGUUUGCGGCAUUUCUCCAGGGUCCCUCGGCACACCAAAAGGCAUGUGGAUCAGAGACACUGACACAGAUGCGCAGAGUGCUCCAGUUCUCCGUCCAGGAACACUUACUGCCACAUGCAGGCACGAUCCAGCAAGCCAUCACUGUCCUUGGCAAUGACUGAGUUGCUCCAGCACAGGGACUGUGCUGAUGCCGUUCCCAGUUCCUGCACUGCACAAACUGGGCUUCCCAGUGUGCCCUUUCUUUUUUAAUUGAAGUAAAUAUUUGUGUUUAAGUAUUUAUUAUUGGCAUUUUGCAUUUCCUCUUCCAGAUUCUAGUGUCAUGGGAUAGUUUUUUUGAACAGACUUCUUUCUUGCGAGAUCUUUGAGUUAGUCUAAAAAUAUGUACAAGUCUGAGCAGUUCUGGAGCUCCUGCUGAAGGGGUGUAAUGUAGAUUACACACUGGCAGUCCAGUGCUGGAGUGAGCGGUGUGUUACACGCAGGAGGAUUAGGAAGAGGAAGCAGAAUUGAUUAGGAGCAUCUAUUCUGUUUUGUAAGUUGUCCAUGCUGCUUUUCUUCUCUGAAUUUAUUUGGAGUGAUUGAAUAUGAAUAUAGUUUAGCUUCAUAGGCAUUUUGUAGCCAUGUAAUUCUGAUAAGGAGGGGUUUGAAAAGGAUUGGUUUUGCAAGAGCAUUUAAUGGUUUAUUCAACUCCAAAGCAGUGCUGUGACAGUGUGCGUUGCUGUUUUUCAGUGGGUGCGUUGGCUGGUUUUCUCCUAGAUUUGAUCCAGGUCAAAUCCAGUUACCUGUGCUGCAAACACCCCAAGUAAGGGCAGUCCCCCAACUUUGUUUGCAAACAAAGGUCUGACCUGUUGUAGACUCUGGAUGAAGCUAUGGUUUGUACCAUCCUGCUGGUCUUUGGACUUUGGUCUGUCUGCUUUGAAGUUGAACUCCAUUCUUCCCCUCCCAGCCUCACUCUUGUCAGCCAGCCACAGUCUGACCUGGAGGGGACAGGACCAGGACAACCUCCUGAGCAGCUUUGCAUGGGUGCUGGGAGCAGAGCGUGGUAGGCAACGUGCAGGUUAGAGGAGGAAGAAGCUUGGACCUCUCCUCCCAGAUCUUAGUCACCUUUUCCUUUCUCCUCCUGCUGGCCACCUCUUUGCUCUCUCCUUUGCUGGUGCAUAUUUUUCUUUUAUUCCUUCUUUUUAGCCCAUUCCAGGUCAGGUCUGACCUUGUCUUUUUGGUACUGUUUCCCGGCUCAGAGCUUUGUCAUGUCACUUUGCUCUCCUUGUGGAGCUGCCUGGGGAGAACAGGGUGCUUGUCCUGGCCUGAGCACAGACGGUGAGCAUUUCUGCCUCCCCUUGUUUUAAGCUGAUCUUGUCCCCAGCACAGCAGUGGUCUCUCUAGCUCAAGCUGGGCCUCUGGUGGGCUGUGAUGGUUCACGUGUCUCCAAAGACAGUUUGGCCACAUGCCUGCACCCUUCUGAGCAUCAGCCUCACGGGAUCCCUGGAUCAAUUUGCCCAGGAAGCUGUGAAAUUUAUGCAGUUGCUCCCCCAGGGCGUGUAGUUCACAGUGUUGGGUUGUUCUGUGCUGCCUUUCCCAUGGCAUCCAUCACCUUGGGAGAGCAGGAGCAGCUCUGGGCAGGGCUGGGGCAGAGAUGUUAACUGUGACUGCCAGCACUCAUGAAAAUAGCGUCUGUUGUUCCCCAAAGAAAAAUCCCUUCACCCAGGUGUCUUGGCCCUAUAUUUGAAUAGUAAUGUUAAAAGUACAAAGAGAAGCACAAAUAACUGUGCAGGUUUGUUGUCAAAAGAAGAAUGGUCUAAGAGCACUCUUGGGGGUGAAAGCUGGCAGUGAGACAGGAGCAGUACUGUUGUACCUUGUGGGAGAAACCAGGCUGGGAGAAAGAGUUUCUUCUUUUCAUUGUUAUCUUAGUAGAUUGUCUGUGUCCUACAGCACAGCAAAAUAGAAGGAAGGGCUGACGUUUGGGAGAGAAAGAGUAACUAACCUAUUAAAGUUACCUACUUGGGCACCGCUGUAGUUAAGUAUUGCCUGAGCUGUAAAACCGUCGCUCGUCUCUUCGUGUAGGGAGAACAGGCUAGAUGAGGCUCACAGCUGACAACAAAGAUGUGGUUGGUGUUUUAUGGCGCAGGACUGUCUGUAGAGCCAGCUGGGUUCCAGCCAGACUGCUCCGAAACUCUCCCUGGCCUCCCUGCUCAUCCUCUGUGGUGUGACGGGUCAGAGGCUGCCGUGUCUCGCCCUCGCUGCCCUGUUGGGUUUGCAGCUCCCUGGCAGUUUCUGUGCUAUAGUUUCUCCGACAGCAUCAUUAGUUCCCUCUUCACAGGCAUCUGUCCUCUGCAGGAUCAGUCUUCCCUCUCAAAUGGAAGCAUAUUCCCCUUGUCUGGCAGGCAGCUCUGGAGCUGGGACAUGCUUUCCUGCCCUAAUACAAGUGCCUAAAGGGCCUUGUGUCCCUGUUGCAGGAUAGUUUGUACAGCGCUGCUGAGCACUUCGCUUUGUGGCAAAUGCGGUUCGCUGUAAUCUUUGUAAGUUCUCUUUGUUUUAGUACAGAGCUAGUAUGUACCUCUUUCGAGUGCAUGGGCUUUACUGGGACAAAAGAUGCUUGCCUGGGUCCUGAGCUGGGGGAAACCCCGCAUUUGUACCAUCCUGCUGGUUUUAAGCACAGACAGACAAACCUCUGUGUGCGAUUCAGGAAUCACAGACUGCAAAAUCUCACGCAGGGGACAACAUUUUCAUGCUGGAUGGGAUACAUCUAGCUCUGUGCAUCAGUUUGUCACAUAGAGAUGGCAUGAAAGAUUGGAAACUCAUGGAGCAGCUUCAGGAAAGCUGGUUCCUAAGCCCAGUCCUUAAGCUCUGGGUACAUCUGGCUGAGGUCUUGGUGCCUAUGUGUCGGGGCUAUACGUGUGCUGUGACUGUGACCUUCCUCCCGAAUGCGGCUGAUCGCUGAAGCCUCGGAUGGUUUUGCAGAUGUGCGGUGGCAGUGGCAGCACCCAGCAGCUCUCCUUUUGUACAGGCCAAAGCACUUUGCAAGGUAAGAAUGUGGUGGGGCUUUGGGAGGAGGUGGGAAAAGCCAAACUGGUAACAAAUGUCAGGAUAUACUGGAUGGUCACAGGCAAGCAGGGUGCUGCUGAGUAGUUGUUGGAGCAGUUUUGUUUUUCUUUUUGAAAAACCAGUUUGAAUAAUGUCUAGGCCCUUUCUCCUGCAAAUUUUAAUUAAAAAAGAGUAAGAAAGCAAGUGGCUUGGGUCUCUGACGUGAUCCCUUACUAAAUUCACUCUCACAGACUUGCUUUGAUUCGAUCAGAAAUACUUAACAAGAACUUACCUGAUGGGAGCUCAUUCCCUUAAGGGUUGAUGUUUGCACCUGGCACAGCCACCGAGGAGGUGGGGUCCCUGCAAAGCCAGCGCUAAUCCUGUCUGGCAUCAGGGGAGUGCAGAGGAUGAUGUCUGUGCCAGGUCACCUUAGAUGUCUGGGCUGCUGUUACUCACGGAGCUGUGAAUUACUCUCGCCCUGUAGGAUUGCUGGGCGAGCCUUGGCUGGUUGUGGGGCAUGUGCUGACUUCAGGGGAGAGCCUGUUUCUCCUUUAAGAAACUGGGAUUUAACGAAACCCCAUCCUGGUUUUCCCAGCCAUGACCGCAGCAGGCACCAAGCCUUGCAGACAGUUGCUAUCUAGUGGCCAGAGGAAGGUACUGGAUGUAUUUCUCUCCGCUGGUUUUGUGCAAGAGGACUGCGCUAUGGAGAUACAGGCCGGAGUCUGUUCCAGAACAAACUCUUCAGGUGGAGUAGAACAAGAUCUUCAAGAAAAUUAACUGAAUCUGCUUGGAAGAUCAUCUUUGCCCAGAGCUCUUGGUGCCACCAGUCUGUAACACAGCUU